UGGACUCCUAUGAGAAUAGCGUUUAUAUUCUAGUCCGUGUCGAAACAUUCAGGCGCGGUUGAAGGAUACCUAAAACUGUACUUUUGCCUUCCGCGUUGGCAAUUCCUUCGGUGCCGACUUUUCUCCACGUCAGUUUUGCAUUGUAGACAGAUAAUAUUCUAGCGUUGUUAUAAAACACUCAUGUAACGUCGACGAUAACUUUGUAGUUAUCUAAGAAACAGCCACCAGUCGCAUCGACAAUGUCAUUAACGUUACUGGAGACGGAUGACAGCUAUGACUUUGUUUUUAAAAUAGUUUUAGUGGGCGAUGUAGGUGUUGGCAAAACUUGUGUGGUUCAACGGUUCAAGUCCGGCAAUUUCAUGGAAAGACAAGGAAAUACCAUCGGAGUGGACUUUACCAUGAAGACAAUGGAUAUUCAAGGGAAGAGAGUGAAGCUGCAGAUCUGGGACACGGCGGGCCAGGAACGUUUCAGGACGAUCACCCAGAGUUAUUACCGCAGCACCAACGGAGCCGUCAUUGCCUAUGACAUCACUAAGAGAGGAACCUUCAUGGCUGUGCCCAAGUGGAUGGAGGACGUCAAGAAAUACGGAGGGUCAAACAUUGUACCCCUGCUCAUCGGGAAUAAGUCUGACCUGGUGGAUCAGCGUGAGGUGUCGUUAGAAGAUGCCCAGACCAUGGCCCACCAGCUGGAGUUCCUGACGGCCAUUGAGACAUCGGCUAAAGACGCCUCCAACGUGGAUGAGGCCUUUAACAAGAUGGCCGCCGAGCUCAUCCUGCGCCACGGGGGACCCAUGUUCAAUGAGAAUGUGACGGAAAGCUUCAAACUCAACAGCAAAGACAUGGGCGGAGAAGGCUGGGGCUGUGGCUGCUGAUAGGAGGUGGAGAGGGGACUGUACAUGUUGAUGAUUCAAAGGUUUUGCACCAGCUGGGACUGUGGAUAGUGACCAACAGGUGGUUUGUUGACAUGUGUUGUGAAAAACAUAUAUUUGUUUUAUUCUGUUUCAGGGACCAGUUGAGAAACUUUCUGAUGUAGCAAUACCUGUUUUUUUUAUGGGGGGAGGGGGGGAUGUGGGGGAGGGAGGCAUGACCUGCACAGAAAUAUUUUGCAGAGAGAAAAGUGGAUGUUAUUGGACGUAAAUACAAUCUCUGAUCCAGAGAGUUGAUCUGAACCACUAUUGGAGUCAAACCCUGACUUUUACUUCCCAGAGCAUGUAGCUGUGCUGUCCCUCCCUGCCCUUUAACGGAGACAGACAGGCCUGACAGGAAAUGUUAAAUCUAUCACUUCAUGUGGUGUGGCGGCCUGACAUCACAGAUGUUAUUGAACCUUGUUCUGUCGACAGUAUUACAGUGUAGAAGAUAUAUAAACCUGCCCAGCAAGUCAUGACAGGAUUGAUGAUGAUGUUUUUAUGGGGAGGACAGAGUACAUACACGUACCAUAGACUUUGAUAUUUUUGCACAGUGAUUAUUGUUAGAAAUUGACCUGCCAUGUUUGAAGUUGUGCGAUAUGUCAAGGAAAUGUGACUGGUGUUGCACAUCAGAGUGUAAUCUUGAUUCUGAAUGCUUGUUGAAUCAUGACUGGCACAAUCAGUCUCCUCCUGUGAAGACUACAGAUCAGUGUAUUUGGAAAGUAUUCAGACCCCUUGACUUUGUCCACAUUCUGUUAGCUUUAUUCUAAAAUGGAUGAAAUAAAAAUGAUGUCUCAAUGUACACACAAUACCCCAUAAUGACAAAGCAAAAACUGUUUUUUUAGAUAUUUUUGCAAAUUUAUCACAAAUAAAAACAUACCUCACAUAAGUACUCAGACCCUUUGCUAUGAGACUCAAAAUUCAGCUCCGGUGCAUCCUGUUUCCAUUGACCAUCCUUGAGAUUUUUCUACAACUUGAUUGGAAAGGCACACACCUGUCUAUAUAAGGUCCCACAGUUGACAGUGCAUGUCAGAGCAAAAAUCAAUCUGUGAGGUCAAAGGAAUUGUCCGUAGAGCUCCGAGACAGGAUUGUGUUGAGGCACAGAUCUUGGGAAGGGUACCAAAACAUUUCUGCAGCAUUGAAGGUCCCCAAGAACACAGUGGUCUCCAUCAUUCUCAAAUUUAAGAAGUUUGGAACCACCAAGACUUUUCUUAGAGCUGGCCGCCCAGCUAAACUGAGCAAUCGGGUGAAGGGCCUUGGUCAGGGAGGUGACCAAGAACCCGAUGGUCUCUCUGACAGAGCUCCAGAGGACCUCUGUGGAGAUGGGAGGUCUCUGCAGUACUCCACCCAUCAGGCCUUUAUGGUAGUGGUCAAACAUGCCACUCCUCAGUAAAAGGCAUGACAGCCCACAAGGAGUUUGCCAAAAAUAACCUAAAGGACUCUCAGACCAUGAGAAACAAGAUUUUAUGGUCUGAUGAAACCAAGAUUGAACUCUUUGGCCUGAAUGCCAAGCGUCACAUCUGGAGUAAACCUGGCACCAUCCCUACAGUGAAGCAUGGUGGUGGCAGCAGCAUGCUGUGGGGAUGUUUUUCAGCAGCAGGGACUAGUCAGGAUCAAGGGAAAGAUGAACUAAGCAAAGUACAGGGAGAUCCUUAAUGAAAAUCUGCUCCAGAGUGUUUAAGACCUCAGGCUGGGGUGAAGGUUCACCAUCCAACAGGACAACGACCCUAAGCACACAGCCAAGACAACUCAGGAGUGGCUUUGGGACAAGUCACUGAAUGUCCUUGAGUUGCCCAGCCAGAGCCCGGACUUGAAUCCGAUCGAACAUCUCUGGAGACAUGACAAUAUCUGUGCAGCGACGCUCCCCAUCCAACCUGACAGAGCUUGAGAGGAUCUGCAGAGAAGAAUGGCAGAAUUUCCCCAAAUACAGGUGUGCCAAGCUUGUAGUGUCAUACCCAAGAAGACUCCAGGCUGUAAUCGCUGCCAAAGGUGUUUCUACAAUUGAAUAAAUGAUCUGAAUACUUAUGUAAAUGUUAUAGUUCAGCUUUUUUAUAUUAAUGUAAUAUAUACAAAUUAGCUAAAUUUUCAAAAAACCUGUUUUUACUUUGCAAUUAUGGGGCAUUGUAUGUAGAUUGAUGAGGGGGGGAAGCAAUCCUAGGAUAAGGCUGUAACGUAACAAAAUGCGGAAAAAGUCAAGGGGUCUGAAUACUUUCCGGCUGCACUGUGUUGUACUGCGGGAAGGGAGUAUCAGGCUGUUUUAUAUCUGUCUCGGGCUUGGAGGUGGAAUGCAAGGCUUGUGAAUCAAGUUUCUGUAUAGUACCAUUUACUAUGUACUUUUUAUGGAUCUGUACAUUCUGAAGGAGAUGGAUUUCGAUCACACAUGUCAAAUAGCUUUUUGAAAUGUGCUAGUUAAAGUAUACAUCCAGUUUUAUAAUACAGGAAAUAUGUCCCAUUUUAAUAACUUGGUUGAAAUGGUCGUCAUGGCUCUAUUUAAUACUGUGUUUCCCAGCCUGUUCUGGACCUGGGGACUGUGAAGAGACCUCUGGUUGCAUGUCUUGUGUUGUACCGAUGGGUGUCUGGACUGUGAAGAGACCUCUGGUUGCAUGUCUUGUGUUGUACCGAUGGGUGUCUGGACUGUGAAGAGACCUCUGGUUGCAUGUCUUGUGUUGUACCGAUGGGUGUCUGGACUGUGUGUGAACUGCUUGAACAGACAGUUUGGUACCAUCAACACCUCGCACAAAGACCAAUAGUGAUGCAGUCAAUUUCUCCUGAACUUUUAGCCAGGAGAGACUGACAUACAUGUUACUGACACUUUCCCUCCGUUUACAUCUAAGUCCGAUACGGGCUGCUUUGUUCUGGACCAACUGCAAUUUACCUUUGUCUUCUGACGCACAUGACCGACAAUACGGACUGUGGUUCCAAAAAAAUACCAAUUAGGAAUUUGGUCGGGGGUCGACUCCUGGUAUCAUAUGAACACAAAUAAGAUGUGGAAAAUGUUAAAUGAGCUUUAAAAAGGCAACCUUUUCCCUUUGCUUUGUGGCAUUAUGUGUAGAAUUGCAUAAAUUAGCUUUAAAAAGGCAACCUUUUCCCUUUGCUUUGUGGCAUAUGUGUAGAAUUGCAUAAAUUAGCUUUAAAAAGGCAACCUUUUCCCUUUGCUUUGUGGCAUAUGUGUAGAAUUGCAUAAAUUAGCUUUAAAAAGGCAACCUUUUCCCUUUGCUUUGUGGCAUAUGUGUAGAAUUGCAUAAAUUAGCUUUAAAAAGGCAACCUUUUCCCUUUGCUUUGUGGCAUAUGUGUAGAAUUGCAUAAAUUAGCUUUAAAAAGGCAACCUUUUCCCUUUGCUUUGUGGCAUUAUGUGUAGAAUUGCAUAAAUUAGCUUUAAAAGGGCAACCUUUUCCCUUUGCUUUGUGGCAUAUGUGUAGAAUUGCAUAAAUUAGCUUUAAAAAGGCAACCUUUUCCCUUUGCUUUGUGGCAUAUGUGUAGAAUUGCAUAAAUUAGCUUUAAAAAGGCAACAUUUUCCCUUUGCUUUGUGGCAUAUGUGUAGAAUUGCAUAAAUUAGCUUUAAAAAGGCAACCUUUUCCCUUUGCUCUGUGACAUUAUGUGUAGAAUUGCAUGAAAUGUACUUUAAGAGCUGCUAACUCUCUGCCAACAAUAUAUUUUUUUAACAGUUUGAGGUUGCAUGGUUUGUGAGGUGGGGGUUUGCUACGUCGAUAAAUGACUAUCAAUCCAGACCGUUGCCAACUAGGACAUUUGUGUGACAGGACCUGCUCGAAUAGUAUUUGAGAACCCCUGUUCUAGAUGAACAGAUUGCCUUUCUCUGUUAUUGAGUUGUGGAGAGAGAUAUGACAGAAGUGAGAAUAGACAAUGGAAUCAUAAUGUGUAACUAUUCAGUUAUUCCACAUCUUUAUAAGAGUGAGGUGUUGUCAGUGAAUGUUUGUUUUUCAUCUUUAUUCUGAACCUGAUCUGUUCAUGUCAUUUUCUUAGGUAAACCUUUUCUUUGGUUUGAGGGUUGCAGAACUAUUGGUGGGCUUUUGAGGGACUGAGGGAAACCAGUUCAGGUUAUUUGUCUUUUAUCAACAAUAGCAAAUGAGAUAAAUAUUGUUCAUCUUAACUUGUUAAUAAAAUGAAUAUCAUAGCCUAUACAUGCAGUUACUAUACAGUGGUCACCUUCUCUAGCCCCGUUUAUACCUGCUGCUAGCUAACGUGUCCUUUAUCCGGAUCUUGUCCUGAUCUUGCCUGUUUACACUUAUAACAUCUGAUCAAAAUCUGUUCGCAAUGCGUCUUUUAUUCAUCUAAAAAUGUGGGCACAAUCAGAAUGUGGACAAGAUAAGGACAAAAGGACGCAAAUUAGAACCAGGUAUAAACGUGGCUGAUGUGCCAUAAUCACAGUAUCUGUCUUCAAUAAAGUUACAAUAUCUGUAA